CAAGAUGGCGGAGCAUGAUAAAUCCCCGCUUCUAAAAUUUGACCAGUUAGACGAUUAUGAAACCCAGAGGCAACAAAUUCGUCAUUUAUAUGAAAACAAUGAGAGAUCAAGCGGGGGUGACGGUUCCAACGACGUGAUCACUAUCAGCGGCAGCACCUCGGCCUCAGUUCUUGCUGAACCUGAUAAUGUUGUGGCGAUUUUUGUUGUCGCAUUUGACACAAGAACAGGUAACCUUGUGGAAUGGUGUUUACCAGAAGAAACUGACCUUGAUGGUGUAGAGUUCAAGGCCAUGGCUAGUGGUUCCCAUACUCUGGACAAGGAUUUUGUUUACUUCCGGAAGGAGAACCUGUAUGGCCUGGCUUGUUUUGAGAACAUGAAGGUGGAGAGUGAGAUCGAGCGAGGAGCACGGAUGAAGUCAGUGGGGAUCCUGUCUACAUCCUACACCUCCCUCUACAAACACAUGCAGUUCCUGGAGACCCAAGUCAGACAUCAGCUGGAGGUGCCCGGGGUGUACACACAGUUGAUAGCAUUCUUUGAUGACAAGAAGGGGGUGUUACCGAUAAGUGGGUCAGCGGAGGCGCUGAAGAUUCCCAGCCCUGCGUCCACACCUUCCACACCCAGCAAAGAGCUGCUGCCAGAGAUGAAGAUCACCCACCCAGCUGGCUGUUUCUCCCAGUUCAUCAAGUUCUUCGGGGAACAAAUAUACACGCUGUGGAAGUUCGCCCUACUCCAAAAGCGCAUCCUCUUCUUCUCUCCUCCUCCCAUCGGGGUCGUGUGUUACAGAGUGUACUGUGCUUGUUGCCUUGGUAACCACAAUAUACAAGGCCUUACGCGGCAUGACAUCCGGCCCCACUUCUAUGUCAAUGUAGCUGACAUCGAGGCUUUGGAGAACGAAAUUACAUAUAUAGCAUGCACUACAGAGAAGAUAUUUGAGAGCAAGACCCAUCUAUAUGAUGUGUACAUAGACAACCAGCUGGUCAGGGCACACACACCGGCACUUAAAGACCUACUUAAGAUCAGCGAUGCUGACAGAGAAAAAUAUGCCAAACUCAACAAUCAAAGAUCCUCCUACAUAUUCUCCCUACAAGAGGCAGGCGAGCAGGUGAUUGAUGAAGAGGAGUUCUUCUCAAAUUUCUUCACAGAGCUCAACGACAGGCUCUUCCAAACCCUUCUGGACAUCUCAUGUUCACAAGAUCGCCAGUUGACCUCUGACCACAUGAAAAGCAUGGGCCUUGACCCUGUCGGUGACCGCACGUUCCUCAUGGAGCUGGUUGAGCAUUAUGGGAUAGAUGUUGUGUUAAUGGUCGAUAACCCCUGCUGUCCGAAAUAGUGGGUCUCCACAACACACCCUCCCUGUGCUAGAGUUACAUUUCUUUCAGCCAUGAUGUAAUAAGGUGCUGCCACUUUUUGAAAGGAACUUAAAUAUUUGAUUAUGCUGUUUAUGCAUAUUAGGGGCCUGUUAUAAACACAGUAUGGCCCUAAUGAAGAUUUAUACUGAUCAAAUGUUAGCCUCUAUGCGGGAAUUCUAUUUUCAGAGCGGUCAUUGCAAGGGCAAGAAUAUGGAUGAUUCAUAAAACAAUUCAGUGAAAUAUUUCAUGAUACUCGUAGAAACCAUGUUUGAAGCGCGCAGCCAGUCUGUAUGUGUAGUCUUUCAUCAAGAAACAAAACGGGGAACUUUCAGAGAGAGUAACUUGUACAGCUGAAAAGGAAAAGCAGUGAGGAUACAUAGAGCUGUUAUACAUAAUGCAAUAUGGACGCCUAUGCUACAUUAUACAAAAUUCUUUUGGGGGGAACAUAAACAUUUUAUCAUUCCCUAAACAUGGGUAACAUAACAAAACUAAACAUCCUUCGUGAUAUGGUACAUGUAACAAAACGACUGUCAUGAUAUGAUGUUUUUAACAAAAUUCUUGAAAAGUAUAAUGAUAUGUCAAAAUAAUUAUUUUUAAUUCUUGUUUCUUGAUAUGAUCGCUUUGAAAGUAAUACACCAUGCAUAUCUUUCAAUCAUAUGUUGUGAAGAAGUCCAGGUUUGUCAAUGUUUCUCCAAGUUGCUACACUUGUUAAUGAUGGCAAAUACCUCCCGCUACUUUCAUUAGCUUUAAACAAUGUGUCCACAUGUUGUCUUAUAAAGACGUCAGUUUCACAUAUCAUGUAUUCCAGUAGAGAACCAAACAUGACUGCAUCGUGACAAUGUUGUCACGGACAAGGCAGUUGUAGCAGGUAUUUGUGUCUAACAUGACAUGUGAUGUGUUCACAAUUCUUCAACAAACAGCUGAUAUAGUGCAGACUGUUUCAUACUAGAGUUAUCCUACAGUUGCUGGGAAUUGUAGCAAUGAAUGAACCAUGGUGUUUCUGCAAAAGCAUUUUUGUCUGACUACUUACAAAAUCACACUGUUUUGCAUCCUGUCUGUGUCUAGAGCUCACAUUUCAGUAAAACCAUCUUCUGGCUGUUCCAUGUGAACACCAGUCCUGAACCUAGCCAACUGUGUGUGCAGUAUUAAUACUUCAUUGGUGUGUAUAUAUUACGUUCCUCCGCCAUAAGGAAAACAUAUGGUUAAACCAAUCAAGCUAUGGCCUGGUUCAAGUGAGAGGAAAACAGGAGUGGUCAGUGGACACUCAGUGUACAUCACUAAGUGUUUUUUUGCUUGACACCAUGAGCAAAGUGUGCCAUAGCCUUGCUGUAUCUGUUCUCCACAUUGCUUCAAGUCCCAUGAUAAUACGGGUCAUUUGACUCAAAAGAUAGCCUCAUUUCAACAGGAUAUUAAGAACAGAAGCCAUUACCCUGCGUGGAUUCACAGGUGAUGGUGAAACAUAGUGUAAACAUUCCUAUAACAAAUUUGUUUUGAUAGUUAAGAUACUUGGUGUGGGGCUAGUUGACUUUGUAACUAUAAUCACAUGGGUAAUGGGUAAAAUCUUGUCAAAAGGCCAGUUGAGUUGAGUUUGUGAGUUAAUUUUUUGCAGUGGGGCAAACUGUUUGAGUCUACACUGUGAGGCUGCAGUGUUGAAAGGCUGUGUUAUUUGGCUGAAACAGUGAUUCACAGUCAGUCACUUGUGAAUUACCUGGUGUAGAUCUUCAGAGGGCUGGCAGUACUUACAGGGCAAUUAACCUUUUACCUGAUGGGUCAGGUAUUGGAUAUCUGAGGUCAAGGGACCAUUUAGCUGAGGUCAGGUAAUAAAUAUAUAUCUGGGGAGGGGACACAUGUUGCCCAGUUUUUCAUUUCCAAGGUGAGCUGAAGCACUUUUGGCAGCUUUGUCUUUUGAAAAGUCGAGAAUGAUUCUUGAAAAGUAGAAGUAAAAUGCUAGUUUGCAUGUAUGUUUAUUAGUGCAGGAAGAGGUAUUUUAGGAAGUUAGCUAAUCAGCUAUCAGGGCCAGAUAGUCCUUUCAAGAUAUGAUCCACCGUGUGAUUGCAUGAUGGAGAUGAGGGCAGGGGGCAACUUUUGUAGCUACUUUAAGCUUUUCUGAUAUGGAGUGACUUGAGUAUGAAAUGGUUUGUUAUCUUGUGAGCCGUGAGUCAUUUAGGUAGUGAUGCCUGUUUCAUGUGCAAUAUCUGUAUUUAUCAUGUACAUAUACUCUCACCUGUAGAUAAAACACAUUCCACCAGCUGUGACACUGAUGCAUGUACAUGGCAAUUUCUGUCACGUUAAUUUCAAAACUGAGGGACAUUGAUAUUUUGAAAAUCAUUUUUGUCUCCAGCAACCUUCCAUCUAAUGCUGCUGAAUCAUGCUUUGUCUUGUCUAACGGUUGCUGCCAGAAAUGGUUUUCACCCAUGUCUGAAUGUGUGUACCAGGGGAAAACUUACUAUUCUCUGAUGCCCAAGUCCCGUAGGCAUAAAUACUUUGACAAGCUUGUUCAUCACAUUAAAUAUACAUUGUAGCAAAUGAAAACAGGGAAAAAUCUAUUUAGUGUCAAAUGAAAAUGGACUAAAACUGUAAGUGUCAAAUGACAAAUGGAAAACAAAUGUAUUUAAGUGUCAAAUAAAAAAUGGGGAAAGUCUAUUAGGUGUCACAAGAAAAUAAUUGUUUGUUAUCGGUAUUUUCCUUCAUGUCAUUAAAAUGAAAGUUAUCAGCAAACUAUUCUGAUAUAUAGUAAAUAAGGAUAUAGGACAACUGAAAAGUUCCUUUACACUUGGCGUCUUUUUCUAAUAAAGAUUUUGCAAGUAAAUGUACCCCUUGAAUACACUGUUACCGGUAAAAGAAGGACUACUUAUCAUCAAAGUGGAUCAGUUUAUGUAUUGUAAACUACUGAAUCAGCUGCUGGGUUCAUUUGAAGAACAAAGAAAUAUUUCGUAACUCCAGCAUAUUUUGUUUUGAACCUGUUUGCAAGUUUUGCAGGUUAUCUCUUAAUUGAUGGAGAUUUCCCCCUUGUCACAUAACAGCUGUUUUCGACCUUUGUUUUUAAAGGAUAAAGCCACAUGAUGUUGUGGUUCGACAUUGCUCAACUUUCUCAUGUUAAGUUCAAUGUAUUUUUAAUAAACAAAGAAAUGAAGGUCUUGGCAUGUGAAUUUAAUUAUUAUUUCAUUAGUUUUAGUUGAAUUUUUUAUGUAAAUGUUCAUUAUUUUAAGGUUGACUCUGAGCAAACACAAAAUGGAAGAGAUGCUUAGAGUCCGAAAUGUACAGUGGCAACAAUUUUGGGUCACCUGCCUGAAUGUCUUGUUGGGUUUUUAAAUUAUUUCAAACUCUGCCUGCAGUUCAGUUCUUUUAUGCAAACUGAAAUAUCUCCAUAUUUUCAUUCCCCAUAAUAGAUGUACAGCAUUUUUGGAAGAGAAAAAUGCUUGAGGUUGGUCUUCAAUAUGCAUCAAGCUGUCCCGGUCUGUCUUGAGAAGUGGUUUGUUUUGUAAGUAAAAUCCAUAUACUUAUAAUAAUGAGUAGUUUUUCCAUUGUCCAUAUGUUCCUUUGAUCACAGUUACAUUUGCCCAAACUGUUGGUGAUAACUGUGACGAUGUGUUGAUGUCACCACACAACCUGUUAUUUGUUGUUGUGAUGGGAUGACCAAGUUGGUGUAUAUAUGUUGGGUGCUUCAAGUACAGUCUCAAACACAAUGAACAUAUCUUGGUAUUAGCAUCUGUGUCUAAACAUCCCUUUGGUUAGUUCAGCGCUCCUUAUUCCAUGCUUAUCAGACAAUACAGAGAGAUACCAGUUUCUCAUACAGAUUUUCUGCUAUACCAAGAUCGUCUACAAUAAGCAUAGUUGGAAUCACUUUCUUGUUUUACUUUUCUUGGAAGAUUUGCGCCUACCCUAUAGAUCUUGCAUAACAAGACAAAACAACUUUGCUUGGGGUCAGUAUGAGAUGUGUGUGUUCAUAUGUAUAAAUUUAUUUUGAGAUCUAUAAUACACAUGUACCGCAUACCUCUUUUUUGUUCACAGUAUCAACAUGAUCAAUUGUACAGUUCACCUUUACAUCAUUGAUUUGCUUUCAUCAACAGUUUCUUGUGUGUACCUUAAGCCUCUUGUAGUCCGACCCUACAGGUUCUAGCAAUGUCAGUCUUCAUGUUGUGUUUGAUGUGCUAGUCAUACAGCCUCCAAAGCCUGGAUCUUUAGUCUGAAAAAUAAUUUUCUGGUGACUUCUGCAUUGAAUCUAUAUCCUUUCCACUGUGAAUUAGUAACAAUUUAUCACUUUUCAGAACUGAAGUUUCAGGUCAUAUCAAUAUUAACAUAUUUAAUAUAUUUUAUGAAGUAAUAUUAACCUAGUGGGGAAAUAUGACCUGGAAAAAGGUAAGUGUAAAUUUGCUUCAUUUAAUCCCAGUUUGGCUCUCCUCUCAAAUAUAUGUUUUAACACCCUUAAAAACAUGUUUAAUCAUGAACUGGUCAUUACUUUGAAAAAAGCCAAAUGUUUGGUUCAAGUAUUGGAAUUAAUUAAACUGUUGUAAAUAGUGUUCUAUACAUGUAGUUAUCAGAGUUAUGCCCCUUUGAUGUCCGUAUCUUUGACUGGGGUCAUGAAAGUAGAAAGUGACAGUGUGAUUGUCUAGUACAUCACAGUGGUGUUAGGCUUGUUCAUGACAGCCAACGCAACAUAAAACAUGUAAUAAGGGUUGUUGUCGAAGUUAAAUAUGUAAUAAUUGAUAUUUCAACUCAUUGAUACUUGUUAAACACAAUUAUAUUUGUAUUGAGAACAAUUUUUUUUCCGGCUAACAUUCAAUUUACGUUUGAUAUUAAACUUAAAAACUAUGUUACUUUUUUUACUUAUCUUGCUCACAUGAAUCUGUGUAGCUUGCUCCCAUAACUGUUGUCCUGGUAUUUUGGAUUUUAUCAAUUUGAGGCAUCUUGACAUGUUAAUUGUUUAUUAUUGAAACAUUUGUUGGUAUUAAUACAAGUGAAUUUUCAAGCAAAAUAAAUUCUAAGAGGUUUUUUUUUUAUGUCUCAGAUUAUGGUUUGUCUUUUAACCAGGAUUUUGAACAACUAUCAUUGGUGUUGAUGGUAGCCAUGGUAACAUGAUAUUAUCUGGUAAACCUGUUGAUAUUUCCCUCUACUUCUCAUGAAUUCAUGUUGUAAUAAGAUUUGUGUUUAUUUUGUAUAAAUAUCAUUGUAUAUAUGUUUUAUUUAUUAUACUGUGGAGAGGAACAGAGUUUCCAUGUGAUGAAAUCCUGACACGCGUUGCUGACCAUGAUGUUAUUCUGAUCCGUCAUUGCCACAACAUUACCAGUUCAAUGUAACAAAACACACUGUGUUUUAUCAAAAUGGUAGAUAAAACAUAAGUGUACAGAUCAAACAUUUAGUUUACAAAUACAUUUUACAAAUUAAUCCCUGUUUCUAUUUAAGAAGGGACAAUAUCAGCCAUCUGUCAAUGAAGUCUUCAAGAACAGUUGAUAGGGCCUGCAGACAAUUUGAUCAAUCAAAAUGUCCAUGGCAUUAAAACACCAUACCUCUCCUUUCUCUCUUCUCCCCCUUUCUUAUUUCCCUAUCCCACCCCCCUGAUGUUACUCCGAUACCCAAUCAAACUCUCACCCACCCAUGUAGAUGGAAUCCAAGAAGUGAUCCCUGUCAGUGUCACAUGUCUAAUCUAUACAGACAAACAUUCGAAAUAUACAACUGAUAGGUGAGUGACGACUAUCUACAUCUGUCAAUCACUACAUCACCCUUAGUUGAUAUAUAUGUACUUAUAUACCAGACGGGAUGAUAUUAAGUCAAAUUAUUUUUUUUUGCUUCCAAAAGUUUGACCUGAGAUGAGCAAUCAUACAGACUAUGUCGUGGGCAUAUCAACAAAUGUAUUUAUUAUGCUAUAUAUAUUUUAGUUGAUCUUUCAUUUAGCAUGUAGUCAGUCAACAAAACGAGUCAUGAUAGGUUAAUAGAGGUCGGAUUCUUUACUUCAGUAUGAUUAUGAAAAUAAACAUUUCAUAACACUUCUUGCAGUGAGUAUUGUAUUGAGUGCUGCCUGUUGAUGCACACUGCAAGGAUGUCCCUGUGUAUGCAUUCAUGCUACAUGUAUCUGAUGGAAACUGUUAAUGUCAUGCUCGGCUCAUUAUGCAGACAUCUUUAUCAACUUGUGAGUUUUAUCUCAAGAAUAAAAUUGAUCAAAAUAU